AUGGCGCACAAAAUGUCCGCUGCAACGUCCGCUCGGUGGUGGUGUCUGGUGGUGCUGGCGGUGUGCUUUGUCACACUCGGUGCAGUUGAAUCGGCCUCGACCAGGCUCGGUAUGGUGCAGGAUGACGUGACGCCGGUGGAAGACAGUGAAGACAACGAACCGUCGGGAGACUCGAAACCAUCGUUCAGUGUCUACGAUUACUUGGUUGUCGCAGCCAUGCUGGUCAUCUCAAUAGGCAUCGGCGUGUUUUAUGGAUGGUUUGGUCCGAAGGGUGCAUCGGAUGCGAAUGGUGGUGGCGAAGCGGCCUCCAGCGAUGACUUCCUGCUCGGUUCGGGCAUGAGCCUGUUUCCGGUGACGCUUAGUCUGACCACCAGCUUCAUCACGGCUAUCGAGCUGCUCGGUAACCCGUCGGAGAUGUUCUUCAAUGGCACCCAGUUCGCGCUAAUCGUCAUCUCGAUGGUUCUGGUUGUGCCGAUUGCGGUGAAAGUGUUCUACCCCAUCUACUACAAAUUGGAGGUCACCAGCUGUUACGAGUAUCUCGGGAUGCGGUUCGAUAAGCGGAUCAGAGUUUUCGGUGCGGUACUUUACAUUCUCCAGAUGCUGUUCUACACGUCGGUAGCCGUCUUGGCACCUGCCAUCGCCCUCUCGGAAGCAACAGGUCUGAACAAGUACAUUGCCGUCGUCUUGAUCUACUCCGUGUGCAUCUUCUACUCGUCGCAGGGUGGCAUGAAGGCGGUCGUUAUCGCUGAUACGUUCCAGGCUUUCGUGCUGCUGCUGUCGCUCAUACUGAUACUCGCACUCGGUUCGCACUACUCGGCCGCACUGCCCGAAGUGUUUAGCCGUGCCGAGGAACACGGAAGGAUUGAAUUUUUCAACUUCGAUCCCAAUCCGACGACCCGCCAUUCGGUGUUUUCCGUCAUCAUCGGUGGCUUUUUCUACUGGACCUCGAUGUUCUGCACCAAUCAGGCGUCCGUUCAAAAAUGCAUGUCAUUAAAAUCGCUGAAAACGGCCAAACUUGCACUCUAUUUUUCGCUGAUCGGAUUGAUUGCGGUGUUUUUGAUAAACUUCUACACGGGAUUGAUGACUUUCGCACACUAUUCCGACUGUGACCCGCUGGCGGCGGGCCAGAUCACUGCCAAGGAUCAACUGCUACCGUUCUACGUGAUGGAUGUGUUCGGGCAUAUCAAAUGCAUGACGGGGAUAUUUGUGGCCGGUAUAUUUGCCGCGAGCUUGGGCACCGUUGCAGCGGCACUGAACUCGUUGGCGGCGGUCACAUCCGAGGAUCUGCUGGCGUCCGGUAUGGAAAUAAAGAUCCCGGACGGGAAGGGCGCACUGUACGCGAAGUGGAUGUCCCUGGGCUUCGGAUUGGUUUCGUUCGGUUUGGUGUUCGUGGUGGAACGACUCGGUGGUAUUCUGCAGGCCACCCUCACACUGAACGGGCUGAUCGGUGGCGUCACGCUUGGACUGUUCAGCCUUGGCAUCUUUUUCCGGCGAGCAAACAGCAAGGGUGCGCUACUGGGUGGAAUUCUAUCGCUAGUGCUGGUCAUUGUGGUGGGAGUGUUGGCACAAGUGAACAAUGAAGAAACACCCCCACUGCCCUCAUCGUUGGACGGUUGCAAUGCGACGAUCCCGCUAAGCCAUGAAGGAUUCGCAUACGAAAUAGCACCAUCAGAUGGGUCGGUUAGCUUGGCGCUGCAGAGCCAUGGCAAUGAAGCUUUUGAGCAUCUUUUGGCGAUCGCCACCAGGGACGGUUGGAGCGAUGGUGGAGAGUUGGAGAAUCAUUUCUACAGGCUGUCCGACGAAGAUGCUGCAGCUUCCCUGCAGAGCGAUGUGAUAAAAGCAUCCACCAGACAGGAGGAUUCAACCGACGAUUCGUCCUCAUGGUUUGCGGCCGUAUACCGAAUCAGCUACAUGUGGUACAGUUGCCUCGGGGCAUUACUGACGGUGAUCUUCGGUUUGCUCAUCUCGCUAUUCACAUCGGACAAUUCGUGCAGUUGCUGGAACCGGUCCACGGUUGAUACGGUUCUACCCACCAGUAGCAGUGCGGUACCCUCCAAGGAAUCAAUCCAAUCUGCGGCCGAAAGUGGUGCUGGCAAACGUAGCAAACUCAGCGUGGGUUCGAUGGCCCCGCUAGCGCUGAUGAUGGGCACAUCGGUAAAGCACAGCCCUGCCGGUGGUUCAAGUUUCCCGAAGUCAAAGGAAAUUCUUGCGAACGAGGCUAGCAUUGGUUCCAGUGUCGCGAGCUUAUACUCGAUCGACCAGCAGACGAUUACCUCCGAGCUGGACGGAUCGUACACGGAGGAAGACAGACAGGAGGACACGUUGCGAACAGCAGCGCAUGGGUCGGAAGGAUGGACGAAUCGUGGAGGUAUCAGUGGAUACUCCACGUUUUCCACGACACCAUCUUCGAUGAAGGUGGAAAGUGAACGAUUUUAAUUAUGAAUUUCUAAAGCUUCCAUUUCCGUACGAAUAGCAUUUCCAACCAGUUGGGGGGGAGCAAGCGGUACCUAAGGUAGUGAUAGAUAUUUUCGUUCGUAUAAUGUUUCAUCCAUCGAAGGGAAAUGACACCAUAUCUAUCGGGAGAUAGGGAGGACCAGUGUUUUUUUCUUCUUCUCAGGUGUCCUCCAUUAUGUAAGCUAGGGUUUUCCAAUCGAUACUCGAAAUUGUGGGACAUGUGUAUUGCUGUAGAUAGAACUGCGCCCAUACUUAUUCACGAUUGCGCUUCACGAGUGACGUUCCACUUCAUCACAUGCUCGAAACCGAGUCACUUUUUUACCGUAGUCUAGAUUGCUAUUUUGUUUGUUAAAAGUUAGUGCACCCGACUUUCCUACGCUCAGUAUUUAUCAUUUUGAUUUUAUGUACCCUGCUACAGUCGGGGGUGUAGGGUAAUGAAAAUGUUUAGCUCGUACGUACCGACGAUGGAGAUGUUGAAUCUGUUCUGUUGCAGCUGUUUAACUUGUAUGUAUGCAGGUACGGCAGGAUUGCACACUUUCGGGCGGAAAUAAAACAUCGGCCAACUGCCGGAUAUUUGU